AUGGCGGAGGCUGUCUUAGGUCACGAUGCACGCUCAGACGUUAAGGACGACGAGACGGUGAUCCGAUUCACCACGAUGCCUACGUACGACGAGUUCCAUCGGCGGUGUCUGUUGCCGAAUCGACCGUGCGUGUUGCCGGCUGGGCUGGUUGCGCACUGGCCCGUGAUACGAUCAAAGACGUGGGAGGCGGCACCUUCAAGCUCAGUAUCAGAACCCGGAGUGGACUGGCAAGCGCUGAAGCAGCACUACGGAACGCACGUCUCGCCGGUGGUCAUAACACGCGUCAACGCCAACGGAGAGGUCUCUGAGGACAGGAGCGACAUGACCAUCGCCCACGCCAUCGACCUCAUCCUCUCCCUCAAACAGGACAACGCCGUCAAGUCGAUCUACAUCAAAGACUGGCACCUGAUCAAGCAGCUUCACUCCGAAGUCGAGCCAUAUACCGUGCCGGACAUCUUCGCCGACGAUUGGAUGAACAACAUCUAUGGGGAAAAGGACGACUUUCGAUUCGUGUACGCCGGAACGCGUGGGUCGUCCACCCUACUUCAUCGAGAUGUGUACACGUCCUAUUCGUGGAGCACCAAUGUGGUUGGUUGCAAGACGUGGUAUUUGUUCCCACCGCGAGCGAUAGCGUGCUUGCGAAGGUUCACGCGCGUCGAGACGUCCGAGCUCAUACCCUCCCUCGAAGCGCUCCACACCCUCGUCAAGGACAAGAACCGAAAAGAGUUUCCACAGCUAGAGCUCGCGUUGGGAAGUAUGCAGACCAUCACCCAAGCUCAAGGGGAGACAAUCUUCGUACCGUCCAAUUGGUACCACCAGGUACACAACGAUACAGACUGCGCCAGCAUCAAUCGCAACUGGUGCAACAGCGUCAAUCUCCCCUCGAUGUACAGGGCCAUUGUGGUGGAGCUAGAUCAUGCAGAGGAGGCACUGUGCGACGUGAGAGACAUGCUACAGCAAAGCUCCAGGAAGGGAAAAGAGGAGUGGAAGAAGGAGUUCUAUGGGUUGGUACAGGAUGUGGCGGUCAAAGAUGCCGGAUGGGCGUGGAAAGGCUUUUGGGAGAUGGUCUUGCACAACUUGAAGCACCCUGCGACAGCUCAGGCCUUGAGGCCAGACGGCGCGUGGGUGAAAGAGCGGCUCCUACCGCUGGUGCAGGACUUCGAACAGAGGGACGACGCACACUGGCUCGACACAAUCAUACUCGACACGAUUCAACAGUGCAAACGUCUCCUGCAACAAGGACCAAUGACAUGA